AUGCUCAACACUACUUCUGCUGAGGCCAACUUAGUUGUUGGGUCUGAUUCUUUUGACUUUAUCCAUGAUACCGGUGCUACCAGUCACAUUUGCAAUAACAUCUCAUAUUUUUCUUCUCUUCGUCCCACUUCGGCUACCAUUCGUGGUCUUGGUUCUGCUACUGCUGAGGGGGUUGGCGACAUUGUCGUCGAUCUUCUUGGUAAAGAUGACCAGCCUUGUGACCGCGUUGUUCUUCGAGAUGUUUUAUAUGUUCCUAAGAUUCCUCGCAAUUUAUUUGCUGCUCGUCGAGCUACUGCUGGUGGUUGUCGGUUCAUUCAAGACCUUAACCAUAUUUCUGCUGUCGAAAAUGGCAAAACUCGAGUCCACGCCAUUGCCAUGGGUGACUUGUACUUUUGUCGUUUCCGAGUUGUUUUGCCUUCCAAGCCAGUCCAUGAGGUGUUUGCUGUUGAGUCGUCUGCCAAUCUUUGGCACAAGCGACUUGGUCACGCCAGUGUGGACGUUCUCAAGAAAUUAUCUAAGUCACUUUCUGUCAAGCCUACUCAUUUUGAGGUUGUGGAUAGUCAUAAGUGUGACGCUUGCUUGGGUGGCAAAGCCACAGCAUUGCCAUUUAAUGGUACCACAGAAAAAGCUAGUCGUCCUUUGGAAUUAUUUGUUUCUGAUUUGAGCGGUCCUCAUGUCGCUACCCCUGUGGGUCAUCGUUAUGUCUUAACCAUUAUGGAUUAUUAUUCCAGGUACUCUUAUGUGGAGUUGUUGGUUAGGAAAAGUGAUGCAAGUCUUGCCAUUCGUAACUUUAUUGCUAGGUGUGAAUCUUAUUUUUCUGGUGAUUCUGCUGGUGAUCGAGUUGCAUAUUUUCAUUCUGAUAAUGGCGGCGAAUACAUUUCCAAAGACCUGGAGCAGUUCUUUGUGUCUAAGGGUAUCAAGCAUACUUAUACAGUUCCUCAUACUCCUCAGCAAAAUGGUGUUGCUGAGCGAUUGAAUCGCACAUUAUUUGAAAAAGCCAAGUCUAUGCUUUUAUAUGCUCAUGCUCCUGAGUAUUUAUGGGGUGAAGCUGUCAAGUCUGCUAAUUAUAUUAGGAACCGUCUUCCUAGUCGUACCACUGGUGGUGUUGCACCUCUUCAACUUUGGACGGGUAAACCUCCUAGUUAUCACCAUAUGAAAGUAUUUGGUUGUCAAGCUACAGUUGUUCUUCCUGGUGCUAAAAGAGAAUCUAAGUUAAGUUCAAAUACUGAAACUGGUGUUUUUGUUGGGUAUUCUUUGGAUCGUACAGCUUAUCGAGUUCUUCUUGAUUCAAGCAUUGUUGAAGCCAGGAUCUUCUCCGCUAUGUCUAAUCACGGAAACACUACAGGAGUCAAUGAAGGACCCUCAUCCUUCGAGUCAGCCAGCACUGGAAGUUCUGUUGCCCACUCAACAUCUGAGACCCAUUCAAAGAACAACGCCAGCUCUUAUGAGACAUUCGCCGAUCUCCCUGUUCAUCGUCAAAUUGAUCUCGCUGACCGUUCUGGAUUUACCGUUAGACAAUUGACCAUUGCCAACAUACCAGUUUGUUCCGAAGGAUGUGAAGCUGAAUUAAAAGUCUUAGCAGACUUGACAGCUUACAUUAGAAACUCAAACUUCAAAGCUAGUCCUCCCCCAUCUCAAAAGGUUAUGAGCUCCUUUGACGCUCCUCAAGCGCCAAAUUUCAAACAAUUUCUCUACAAAAGUGAAUUGGAUUUUUGGAUAUACGGUCUUAUUGGGCAAAUUAACAGCUGCGGCCGGAGUUUUUGGAACAACUAUAUCUAUAAGCCAAUUGUUGGCCAUACUGCCCUUCAGCUUGGUUACGGUAUCAGGUUUGAGAGGGCCCUUGAUGAACUACUCAAGGUUUACAUUUUAAAAACCACGCCUGCAGCUAACCUGGCUGCAGCUGAACAGGCCCGGUGGGACACGUCGCCCGAGUUUCUAAAACUCCACCUAUGGAUUCGGCAGCCCGCUGACCUGGGGCGAGUGCUCUCAUUUUACCAACGUCUUAAUCAUAUUGGUUUGCGCAUAUCCCCAAGCCCUGAGCUUAACAUUGUAUUUGCGAUGACGCAAGCUAUCUCAGUAGGAGUUCCGGGUCCUAGUUAUUUCGCCGGGCUUACCAGCAGUGAAAUUGAAACCAAAAUACAAGCUACUGUUACUGAAGCUUCCAAGUGGGCCUCUGUAGUGGAGCAAUAUUUCUUUAACAACCCGGAUGGCACCUUUCACCGUGACCUUAUAUUAGCAGUGCUGAAUAACAACAAGGUUUCAGCAGCUGCUCGCGAAGAUCCUCAGAGUCAUCUCUGGGGGAUUACCAAGUUUGUCGACAUUUUCAAGUCAAGAUCUGGAGGAUGGAGCCCCUGUGAUUCAGUUGAAAUCCCAGCGCUAGUUGAAGCAACUUCUGCAGCCUUCGUAAAAGGUCGAAGAAUUAUUGACGGUUCGACAAAAGUGGUGCCAAAGCAGGAACCCAAGCAAGAACCCAAGCAGGAAUCCAAGCAGGAAACUUCGAAGAAAGCUGGCCACUCUGAUACCAAGCAUGGAAAAGGGAAGCAGUGGUCCAAGGGGUCCGGUGGCAACAAGAGGCGCAACAAUGAAGACAAGCAAGCUAGAAAGUCGAACUCUGAUGGUCAAAACAGAGUUGCUGCCUUGAAAGCUACCGAAUACCUUGAGGUGGCUCGCGACGAUGUUGAAACUCUUUGCUCUGUUGCUCGGGCUAUCCAAGACAUAUUUGAUAAUGACGGCGGAAGCAGUGAUUAUUCGCCAGUUGCUUUUCUUCCACCUGCCAACCAAAUCGCCUCUGUGGGUGAAACAAAUCUUCCAAAUGUUCUCGAUUCUGGAAAUGCUACUGGUCACCUUAUCUCAGACAACAGCUACUUUGUGUCGUAUGAGAAAUACAGCAGCCCCAAAACUAUCAGCUCCUAUGGUGGUUCCGACAUCGUGUUAGAAGGGGAAGGUAAAAUUGCUGUUGUAUUAAAAGGUGACGGUGGCACCAAUAUUUGCCAUAUUGCUGACGCACUUUAUUUUCCUGCUGGGUCUAGCAAUUUGUUUUCUGAUUCUGUCUGGCGCACGCACGAUGUUUCUUUUCAUACGGUCCCAAGUGGGGAUUGUCUGGCCUAUUUUGGUGAGGAAAAGGUUGGUAGGGUUGGCGGUGCCAGAGAUGCCAAGUCUCACAUUUGUGCCAACAUUGUUCCGGUAAAGUUUACUAGGAAUAUCGUACCUCCAACUGGAUCUUUCAAGUUCUCAGGAAAUUCAAUUGACUGGGAUCAGAUUUGCAGACAAGGACCAGAAGCUAUGAGGAAGGUUGAUAAAUCAGCCUUCGCGGUUGGAAAGGGACUACCUGUCCUUUCACAGUCUCUCAAAUUUAUUGCAAAGGAGGCCGUGUUGAAUUCGCAGGCACUUGACUGUCAUGUUCGUUUUGCUCAUUGCUCUUUGACUUCGGUGAAACAUUUAGCCAAGCUUGCUGAUCCUCCCUUUGAGGUGACCAAGCGUGACGAAGAAUUGAUCAAGGACUGUGUCAUAUGUGGCACGUCAAGAAGCAUUAAGAGGUUCACUUCUCCGGAUAAGCAUAUAGCUUCUGAAUCCACGGCUCCGUUAGCCCAGAUUCAUGCUGAUCUCGUCGGUCCCAUAGGUCCUGCCUCUUCAGGGGCCAGGUACAUGCUGAAUAUCAUUGAUGCAUUUUCUGGUUACAUCUAUGCUUUUGCUCUGGAAUCUAAGGAUGAAGCUCCUGGGAAACUUAUCCAGUUCUUUAAGCAGUUUGUGCCCAAAGCUGCUCGCCGUGCUGUUGACGGCAAGGCCACCAAGCUUAUUACUGACAAUGGUGGUGAAUUUAUCUCUGGGACACUUGGAAAAUUUUUAGCAGACUGGGGCGUCAUUCAUAUUUUAACUGCUCCUGAUGAACACCAACAAAAUGGGAAAAUUGAGCGUGCCCACCGCACACUGCGUGAGAUAUCUACUAGAGCCUUGAUGCAGUCGACACUCUGGGCCAAUAUCUACUGGGACUCUGCCUGGCUCUACGCUGUGCAGGUAUAUAAUUUCUCCAUAGUUAAUAAAGCCGGUAUAUCACCUUAUGAAGCCUUUACGGGCAGAAAACCACCUAUAGCACUAGUGCACACAUUUGGCUGCCUAGUUUUUGUCAUUAAAUCUGAGUCUCAGAAACUCAAAGGGACCCUUCAGCCUCGGGGCGAGCCUGCUCUGUAUUUGGGUCCCGACCCGUUAAAUCCUAAGAAUUUUCUAUGCAUUACGAGGAACAAGCGCAUUCGGCGCUGUGUACACGGCAACUUUCGUGACCAUGUCUUGCCUGGCGUUAAAUUUUUUGGCGAAAAGCCAAUUUACGAGGGUGACAUUCUCAUUGACUACAGUGAGGUUGGAAAUCGUGACCCUGACUACAGUGACUCUUCCACUGAUGAAUCAGAAAGUGAAGAUGAAUCUGACUCUGACGACUACUCUCCCACUUCACUCUCUGGUGGUGGUGGUGGUGGUAACUUUGGCUGGACUUAUGUGGGCUCUGAGGGAAGGAGCCACAGAUCCAGCAGAUUGGAGGACCAGGAUUCUACUUCUACACCACCGACACCUAUAACUGAAAACUCUUUUCAACCGUUGGAAGAUGAUGAUGUGGAGCUGGUUGCAGAUGAAUCAAUUAGUGUUGGUGACGACAAAGAUACACUUCAGUCUGAGGACCAUAUAUUGCUCGAAGAUUCUGCUGUUGAUGAUGCUGAUUUGAGAUCGGUGAACUCCAACGUAGCUGGUCGCCCUGGUUCCGAAGAUACUAACGAAGAUUUUUCUCACGAAAAUUCAUUUUCUGAACAUAUGGUAAAGCUCCAGAAAGCCUUUGCUCCAGGAACUCAGUCGCCCUCAGUGGUGGCUCAUCAAACAAGUCCGGUGACUCUUCCCAAACAACUACACAUUUUGGAUGAGGAUGACAGUGUGGAUCUUGCGCUGUCUGGAACUGCUGAACUUACCCGCGAGGCUUCAGCUGUUGAAACCGCUAGCCAAUCUGGUGAUGACAAUCAGGAUGCGGUUGACUCAGAAACCAAUGAUGAAGACAUGGAUGGGUCUGUGGAACAUAUACUGGGUUUCGACGAAUUGGAAGACUCAUCAGAUUCUGAAUUUUCGUCUAGCGACGUUGUCAUGGAUUCCUCUACUAAGUUGGAGGAAGCUCCUGCGAGAGAUGUCGGGGUGCCGCAAGAUUUAGGUGACACUCAAGGUACUGCUACAAGCACAAAUAAUCCUGCCAGCAAUCAACUGGUUUUGGCGGCGGCGGAACUUGCGGAGCCAAGUGGCUGGCUCCUCAGGUAUACGGCAGGAGCUACCGGAGCUACCCCAGCGCCCUCCUCUGAGAGGCUGUUGCUGGGAGCUGGUGGUUCUGAUACUGUUACUACUGCUGCAUCUGGAAGUGGCAGUGAACUGAGAGACACUGCUGAGAAUGAUCGCCCACGCUUACCGCCUGCACCAUCUACUCAGAGGCUCCUGCUAGAGUAUGGGCGAGCAGGGGAUGCUACAAGCUUUGGGGACAAUACAAGCGACGUGCGGCACAGCUCCGUGCAACAAAAUCGACAUAUGCCACUUCCGGCUCCACCUUCGAGACGGUUGUUGUUGGCAGCUCCUCCUCCGUCUUCUUCUGAACAUGAUUCGCAAACUGCUGGGCAAGUAGUUGUUCGACAAACAAGCCAACACUCAGCUCCGGCAGAAGCCCAACAGCCUCUUGCUAAUACUGGAAGAAUUACUAGGUCUGCUGCGGGUACUGCGGGUGCUGCGGGUGCUGCGGGUGCUGCGAGAGUGCCUGCUCCGUCGUCCAGACACCGUCAUCGAGAAGCCUCUCGGGACACAGUUGUUGUUAACAAAAGAUUAGCUGAUUUGAUUGAGCAAAAUGGCUAUUAUGUUCCUAACAGUGCACUUCAGCGGCUGGCGCGAAAAGAAAAUUCUUCAUUAAUUCUAAAUCGCACAAAUCUAAUUACCCGGCCUACUGAUAACCUUCCACUAAAAGUAGUCUCAGAAAAUUCGACUUCAAACUCCUCACCAAGAUUGGAAAAUGAAGCCUCAAAUGGUUCUCCCACAACACCCUCUACCUCUGCUUCUUUGUCCUCGGAAUCAUCUGCACAUUCGGAGCCAGUGGUUACAUCACCAACCUCCUCUGCUGUGACGUCUCCCACAUUAGAAAGUUCUUCUUCUCGUCGUGAUCACCAAACCACUCCUCCCUCGUCAUCGAAUCGCAUGCUGUCGAUAGCACAACGCAAUAUCUUACGCAGUGCAGCUGAGGCCAUCUCAAGAAUCGACUUGGGAGCUUUAAGAAAUAUGCGAAAAAGAAAUCGCUCUACAAGCCCAACCACUACAGCAUCGGGCUUACUUUGGGGCUCUCGCUCUUCCGACCGGCACAGUGACAAACUGAAACUCUCGAACUCUGAGUCAGCUUUGGACUCGGAAUCUAGGUCACUGCUGCAUGGUCUGCCAGCUCGUGAGGGUUCAACACUGAGAGCCCCACACGGCCACCUCCAGGGUACACCGAAUCUUAGAUUCAACCCCACUCCCGAUGCGGUUCCCUUUCUUUCUCACACUCACUCGGCAACACACAAUGUCCCUGCUACGUCAGCAUCAGUAGAUGAGGACUCAGUCGUUAGCACUGACUCGCAGUCCCACUCUCCCGCCUCCACAACCGAAGCUGAUGUUGAGGCUACAAGCGAUGAAAUCUCAAUUGCAGCACCCUACAAUUCUGACUCUCAGGGCUCAUCAGAACACUUAGCUGACGGCAUUGACUUCUUACAUGAAACUUUUGUUUCUUCGCCUGCUGAUGAUGAAAUUAUUUUUGUUGAUGAAUCGGCAAGCCCAUCAGGAGAUCCGUCUGCCGGGGCUGUCGACGAUGUCAUUGGCAUUGGCUGCAUCUACUCGAACUCUGAAGAACCAACUGUGAAAGCCCGCAUGGCGUCUGGAAGACUUGACACACUCAGCGCUAUUAACAUUAAGCUUCCAAUUUUGAGGAAUGACAUCAAAGUGUUAGAAUCUAGCAAACCAGGUCUCUGCUUUACGGCUCCUGAUGUGGAGAAUGUUAGAGCUCUUAUCAGCGACAGAGAUUGGGCAGAUCUUAAGGACCGUCCUGCCUUCAUUCGAUUUUCCGAAUGUGGGACCAACAACAGAGAAGAUAAGCGCUUCUGGUUCGAUGCGGCCUAUUCGGAAUUUGCUGCCAUUGAUGGCAAUCAUGUAUACCAAGUUGUGCCCCUCCCGGCGGGUCGCAAAGCACUUGGCACCAAAUGGGUGCUGAAGAAGAAACUCAACACGGAUGGUUCAAUUGACAAGUACAAGGCUCGUCUUGUUGUUCAGGGGUUUCGUCAAAAGUUUGGUGUUGACUAUGUUGACACCUUUGCACCGGUAAUGAGAUUCAGCACUGUUCGUCUCAUUUUCGCCCUGAGUGCGGCGAAGAACUGCGAAAUGCACCACGUCGAUGUUAAAAAUGCUUUCUUGAAUGGAGAUCUAGAAGAAGACAUCUAUGUCAAGCCACCAACAGGAAUUGACCAUAAUACCCCUCCUGGCAUGGUCUGGAAGCUGAAUAAAAGCUUAUAUGGACUGAAGCAAGCCCCUCUGUGUUGGAACAAGAAGCUUGUUGACAAGUUGGAAGCUCUAGGUUACAAAGCUGCCAAGAAAGAACCCUGUCUCUUUUACAAGAUUAAUGGCAAAGACUUCAGUAUUAUAGGUCUUUAUGUUGACGACAUCUUAACGGCGUCAAACGUACCGGGAGAAUUCGAGCGGUUUUUCAAGGGCCUAUCUGGUUACUUUGCCAUCAAAGAUGAAGGUGGUGUUAACAAAUUCUUGGGAAUCAGAGUCCAAGACUCCGACAGGACGAUAUCUCUGGAUCUGGAACACUAUAUUGCUGACAUGAUUGAGGUUUUCAAAUUGGGUGAUCAAACAGCUAAGUCGAUACCGUUGCCCAAGAAACAUGGCCUUGAUUUCCCACAGGGCCUCGAUGCUCGUCCAGCUAACCAAUCGCUAUAUCGCAGCAUUCUUGGCAAGCUACAGUUUGCUGCUCAGACGGCUCGUCCAGACAUUGCCUAUGCUACAGGCAAGCUUGCUCAGUAUUCGAGUGACCCUAGAGCCAUUCAUAUGGAUAGAGCUUAUCAUGUUCUGAGCUACCUCAAAGGCACUAAGGACCUGGCAAUUGUCUAUCACAAAAAUGUACCAGGCGCCUCUCCGCGGCUUCUGAGAGGCUGGUCAGAUGCCGAUUGGGCAAACGAUCCUGACAGGAAGUCUAUCUCAGGCUUUGCAUUCUCCCACGGUCCUUCAACCUUCUCUUGGAAGUCGGCCAAACAGAAGCUGACAGCAACUUCCACAACCGAGGCUGAGCUGAUUGCCGCUUUUUCUGCCACGUGUGAGGCAGUUUACUUCCGAGAUCUUUUGGAAGAACUUGGUGAAUCUCAACCAACGACUGUCAUCAUGGAGGACAACAAAGGUGUCCUGGAUCUCAUGAAGGACAGCAAACAUCACGAGCGGACUAAACAUAUUGAUACCAAGUACAUGCGCACCAGAGACCAUGUCAAAGCCGGCGAUACCCGUCUUGAAGCUGUUGCUUCAGCAGAUAAUGUGGCAGACAUUUUUACCAAAGCUCUGGCUAAGCCGCAGUUUUUAUAUUUGAGGAAUCUUCUGGGUAUGAGUACCCGUCCUCAAGUUGAGGGGGGAAAUGGACUUGAUGCAGUGCUCGUCUCGUCAAAUAAUACCUCCAUCGUUACGCCGCAGUCAUUUUUGAAGACUCGACGACGCAAAGAUCAAGAGAUUGAAUCUUGA